AUGGCAAACCCUCAUUCCUACGGUCUCUCGCGGCACGUCCUCGCAGGCGGUCUGGCGGGGACGUCCGUCGACUUGCUAUUCUUCCCAAUAGACACCGUGAAAACGCGUCUUCAAUCACCCCAGGGGUUUGUACGCAGUGGAGGAUUCAAAGGGAUAUACAAAGGAAUUGGGAGUGUUGUUGUUGGAAGCGCACCUGGAGCGGCCGCCUUCUUCUCCACAUAUGACACGAUCAAGAGACACACACCAUUGGAACCGCAUCUUGCACCUUUGACUCACAUCCUAGCUGCCUCUGUUGGCGAAGUGGUUGCAUGCCUAAUCCGCGUACCAACCGAAGUGGUGAAAACACGCAUGCAGACUCUUGCGUAUGGCACACAAGGCCACUCUUCAUGGUCAGCUGCUAAACUUGUUCUUUCAAACGACGGUUGGCGAGGCUUUUAUCGUGGCUUCGGGAUAACAAUAAUGAGGGAGAUACCGUUCACAUCGAUUCAAUUUCCUCUCUACGAGUUGCUGAAAGUGCAAAUCGCGAAGCAAUUUGGUCGGAAGCCUCAUGCACACGAAGCGGCGAUAUGUGGGAGUAUCGCUGGAGGAUUCGCUGCGGCAGCUACAACGCCUCUAGACGUACUUAAAACAAGAAUAAUGCUCGAUCUUCGGGACCCCACAAAGGAAAAACUGCCCUCAGUCUCCACCCGCUUGAGAGGUAUAUACACAAGCGAAGGCGUUGGAGCCCUCUUUGCAGGGGUUGUACCUCGGACGUUAUGGAUAUCGGCUGGCGGAGCAGUUUUCCUCGGUGUAUAUGAAUGGGUUGUGGGCCUCUGA